GCUCAAAAUUACCCACAAAGCAAUUCGGGCCACGUCGCAUUCGCCAUAGUUGUUGAAACGUGUAAACACUGCAUAGAGGCCGGUGACUUGCAGAUACUCGUACAAAAUGAAUAUUUUCAGGUUGAUUGGGGAUAUGUCCCAUUUAUUGGCAAUUAUUAUAUUGCUAAUUAAGAUGUGGAAAACCCGUUCCGUGGCAGGAAUAUCGGGGAAGAGUCAGAUUUUGUUUGCCCUAGUGUUCACUACAAGAUACCUAGAUCUAUUUACAUCUUUUGUAUCAAUCUAUAACACCUGUAUGAAGGUUUUCUUCAUAACUGCUUCAUACUUCACUUUGUUUCUGAUGUACCACAAGUUCAAGGCCACUUAUGACAGUAACCAUGAUACCUUCCGGAUCGAGUUCUUGGUUGUACCAGUUGGAGGUCUGUCAUUCCUUGUCAACCAUGAAUUUGCUCCCCUUGAGAUCCUGUGGACCUUCUCAAUCUACCUAGAGUCAGUGGCCAUUCUUCCUCAGCUGUUCAUGGUCAGUAAGACGGGCGAGGCCGAGACCAUCACCAGCCACUACCUGUUUGCCCUCGGCUCCUACAGGGCCCUGUACCUCCUGAACUGGAUCUACCGAUACUACUUCGAGGGCUUCUUUGACCUGAUUGCAGUUGUAGCUGGGGUUGUGCAGACCAUAUUGUACUGUGAUUUCUUCUACCUGUAUAUAACUAAGGUGCUGAAAGGAAAGAAAAUAUCAUUACCAGCUUAAUUGAUUUAGCAAGAGCUCAGGAUAUAAAUCGUAGGUUGGUCAUCAUGUGGGAGACAGGAAACUGGACACUUUGUGACAGAAGACCAUGCCACAUUUGUCAAAAAUUCCUUGGAUGUCCAGACUGAUUUUAAGUUAUAAGAAUGUGAAAAGUAGACAUAUAUAUUUGGCAUUAACUGCACUGAAAGCUUAGUAUGUGUAUUGCAUAGGUUUUCAUACAUCAUUAAACAUGUGUACUAGUAUGCGAGUGUUGGUUAAAUGGGUGUAAUAGUUGUAAAUGUGUAAUGUUUAAGGAAAUGUUGAAGUAGCUAAAUACAUGUACAUGUAUUCAAAAAAUUCUAUGUGGUUUUGUUUUUUGGAGAAAUCCCAUAAUUUGCCAAGUUAACCUAGUCAAGAUGCACUUUCUUAAUGCUUUUUCCAACAUUAGAAUUUAUAGACUUUUAAAGCACAAUGUUGAAAGAGAAAGUCACUUUGAAGUUCUCUCCAUUAUUGGUGAAGGUUUUUUCUAUCUGUUUUUGGUGCGUUUUUUAAUCUUGAAGAAAAAAGUAUGUACAUUGUGUGUUUUCUUCCUAUAUUUAACAUGCCGAGGAAUCCUUAUCUAUGCAGGUGAUUUCUGGUUUAUGGAACACUAAUUCAAAGUGUUUUAGACUAAAUUAUGGAAGCGCAAAAAUGAAAUAGAUUUUAUCAGUACCUGAAAUGGAUCGUCUCCAAAUCAUCUUGUUGAAUCUUAGAAAAAGAUCCCAGUAUUUGUGUUAUAGACUUUGUUUCCUACGAUGUAACUGCAGAAGUUUGUGUAAAAGGAAUUGCAACAUGCCAUAGUAUAUUUAUUUUGUGGGAAUUUAGUGAAAGACAUUGUAAAACCAUAUUUAUUUCAUAAUUAUAGUAAUACACCUGAAUUUGAAAUCAGUGUGUUAAAAUGGACUAGAAGACAGCAUUAUAUCCCGUUGAUUCAUCACUUGCUACAUGUUGACUACAGUUAUGCUACGGGUGAUUGAGAAAUUUGACAGUAUUGCUUUCACAAGUAACAUACCAUACCCAAAAAAAGUGAAUCUGGAUCGGACAUUAUUUAUGAGUCUGUCUUUGUAUUUUUGUAAAUAAGCUUUGCAUUUAGGUACAUGUACUAGAGAACAUGAAAGCCUGUGAACUGUGUUUGUCUGUAGUAACCAUUGGAUAGGAAGUGCUGUGUAGAGAACAUGAAAGCCUGUGAACUGUGUUUGUCUGCAGUAACCAUCGGAUAGGAAGUGCUGUGUCUUGUUCACAUGUUAUGCAGUGAACAACUGUAAUGUCGACAGACAGAUAUGUUUUGCUCUUUUAAUUUUCUUUGUUUUAUGAAUGAAAAUGAAAUGGAUAAAAUUGGAAAAUUGU